AUGGACAUCUUCGUCGGCAGUGUCAUCCGCCUGACGAAUGGUCUCGACUUUGCUGUCCACAACCAUCCGAGCCGAGAACAUGUCCAUAUCAGCCUAUCGGUCAACAUCUCCGAUCUCCCCUCUUUUCGCAAGGUCAAUGGCUUACAGGGCCACACUUCAAAGACGUACGUUUGUUACCAGUGUCCUGUCAAGUCAUUCAUGCUCGCCCUCCCUGCGGGCUUCAACAUCGAGGAACUUGAGCCGCGCGAUGAUUGGCGGCACCUCAAGUAUUCGUUUCGUGCAAGGCAUGCCGACGAAACUCAAGCUAAUGAGAUCAAACUUCGCCGUGGUGUCCUCUGGACACCUCUCAACCUCAUCCCGGGUUGGAUGCCAGGCAAGAGCGGUGUUAUCGACUUCAUGCACUGUAUAUUUCUUGGGCUCAUCAAACAUGUCAGCAAAAUCCUCACCACCUAUGGCCUUCUCAAUGCUCGUCGGCGUCAAAACCCACAAGCCCGCUUUGAAGCCUUCUUAAAAUCCCUCAAAUGGCCGGUGGAGGCUACUCGUCUACCUCCGUCGAUUGCGCGAGGAAAGGGAUCGCCCAAAGCAGACCAGUGGCGAAACCUUAUCGCCGUACUUUUCGUCGGUCUCUUUGUCGCGUGGGAGAAGGACGGUGAGAUCCCAGACGCGCUCUACGACACAGACGCUCACCCCCCCCAACACCGCCUGAAAGAGAUCAAGCGAGCGAUGCCCAACCGCAACCUCCAAGACCACUACGAGGUAAUCCUCCAGUUCUCAGCUGCAGUACGCAUCCUCGCCACACGAUCGAUAUCACCAGUAGAUGUUCAACGUGGCUGUGCUGCCCUUGCUCGCUCUAUCCAAACAUGGGCCCGCAUGCACAUUCACCUCACCCCAUACUUCCACCACGCACUACAUAUCGAAGAGCAAAUUUACAAGUAUGGUCCUAUCUACGGCCUUUGGACAUUCCCUUAUGAGCAGAACAAUGGCCGGUUGUCGCGUUUCCGUCAUAACCAACACAAAGGUGGUGAGUUAGAGGGGACGCUAAUGCGGCGAUGGUGGGCAAUAACGUUCAAUCAUGAGCUGGUAUAUUGUCAUGUGUUCACUUCUUGUUCUGUCGUUGACAUGAUCUGUUCCUAG